AUGUGUACAUGUUCUCAAUUAACUGAGUUUACAUUAUUUAAAUCAUCUAUUGAAUCUUUUAUUUAUGGUAUCAAAUUUAUUCUUGCUUAUAUGAAAAAUUUAAUUAAAUUAACCUCAAGUAUUCAUGAUACAUUUGAUCUACGAUUUUGUUAUGGUUCCAAAUUUGAAUCAAUUUUAAGUGAAUGUUUUCCGCAUCUUCGUCAAUUUCACUAUACAAUGACUCAUCCAAUAGCUAAUUAA